AUGGCGGAUCAAAAUAAGGGUCGUGGUCGUGGCAUGGCCUUGCUACAAGCCUUAAAAAAGUCUCAAAUGGUGGAUUCACCGCCACCUUCAGAAGAGUCAUCUCCAGAUGUGACUCCUGGUCCUAGUGUGGCUCCAAGUGUUGUCAGCUCUACCGCUGUUCCAUCUUCAACGACAAUAGGAGGAAGAGGUAGAGUUGCUGCAAUGAUGCUAUCAAAAAUGCAACAAAAGCCGAAAGAUCCACCACCGUUCUCACCAGCUACAGAUGUGAGCCCAAGUUUAGCAACAACAGGAGGUGCAGGUCGAGGGUUAAAGCUGUUACAAAACUUGAAAGCUCAAAUGGCCCAGAAACAGCCACAGGUGGGAGUCGAAGAGGUGAAAGAAGUCACACAAAAGAUGGCUCAAAGUACAAUAUCAUCAGUACAGUCAUCAUCAGUCGCAAAAAAUAAAUAUUUCAGAGAAGUAAAAGAGACACCACCUGUUGUUAAAAAAGGUGAAUCAGGAACACCUUGCGAAGUAACAGCGAACUUUAUCUACCUUAACUUUGAAGAAAAUAAUGUGUUUGAAUAUGAAGUUAAGUACGAACCCGACCAGGACUAUAAGCAUCUGCGUUUUAAACUACUAAAUGAACAUAGCAAAUACUUCAAAGAGAAAACAUUUGAUGGAACCACACUAUAUGUUCCCCACAAAUUGCCAGAAGAAGCCACAAAACUUAUUUCAACAAAUCCUUUCGACAACAGCAAAGUUGAAAUUUCAAUAAUAUUCAGAAGGACUCGGCGUUUAAGUGAGAUGAUACAUAUUUACAAUGUGCUAUUUAAGCACAUUAUGAAGGAUCUUCAACUGGUGAGGUUUGGUCGACAGCACUACAAUGAGAAGGGCGCCAUACAAAUACCACAGCAUAAACUUGAAGUUUGGCCCGGGUAUGUGACGGCAGUCGAUGAAUAUGAAGGUGGACUUAUGUUGACCCUUGAUUCUACUCAUCGCGUACUUCGUACACAAAGUGUUUUGUCAUUUAUAAAAGAAACUGUGCAGAGCGAAGGCGCCAACUGGAAGCGAGCCUUGUCUGAUAGGCUUGUCGGGAGCUCAGUUAUGACGACAUAUAAUAAAAAAUUGUUUCGGGUGGACAGUAUUGACGACACCAUGAAUCCGCGCUCAACAUUUGAAAAGAAUGAAAAAGGUCAACCUGUAAAGAUAAGCUUCAUUGACUACUACAAGAAAAAUUAUGGCAUUGAUAUUAUGGAUUGGGAUCAACCACUACUUAUAUCUAGAGAAACAAAGCGCAUGCCGGGAUCCGAAGAGCCCACAGAUUUUAUGAUCUGCUUAAUACCUGAGUUAUGCCAACUUACUGGUUUGACUGAUGAUCAGCGAAGUAAUUUCCGUCUUAUGAAAGAUGUCGCCACCUACACUCGGAUUACACCUAAUCAGCGACAUGCUGCUUUCAAAAAGUACAUCCAAAAUGUCCUUGAAAACGAAACAGCAAGAAAUCGCUUAGCGGGAUGGGGUCUCAGCAUUGCUCCAGAGACCAUAAACAUUACGGCUAGGACUUUGCCACCAGAGACAUUAUACUUUGGGAAUGACGUUAAAGUACCUGGGAAACCAAAUGCAGAGUGGAAUGGCGAAGUAUCGAAAAAUGCGGUGAUGCAAGCCGUGGAUAUACUCCGAUGGGUUAUACUAUUCACGGACAGGGAUAAAAAUGUUACUACAGAGUUCCUAGAUACAUUAAAGCGUUGCUGUCGGCCAAUGGGUAUCAAUGUAUCUAGCCCAGAAUUGAUACGUCUACCCAACGACCGCACAGACUCAUAUGUGAUGGCUUUGAAGAAAUGUAUCAUGUCGAAUCUUCAGUUAGUCGUGGCAAUCUGUCCGACGUCACGUGACGACCGUUAUGCCGCUAUCAAGAAGAUAUGCUGUGUUGAUUACCCUGUGCCCUCUCAGGUGAUUAAUGCACGAACUAUUAUGAACAGCCAAAAAAUUCGUGCCAUCACUCAAAAGAUUCUACUUCAAAUUAACUGCAAGUUAGGCGGUACUCUAUGGAACAUCAGUAUACCUAUGAAAUCCGCCAUGAUUAUUGGCAUUGACUCUUAUCAUGAUGCAAGCCGAAAAAAGCAUAGUGUUUGUGCUUUCAUAGCAUCCUACAAUCAAACAAUGACACAUUGGUAUUCCAAGGCGGUGUUUCAAGAGCGAGGGCAGGAGAUUGUUGACAGCCUCAAGUCUUGCUUAGUAGAUUCGCUAAAGCAUUACCUGCGUGUUAAUGGUAGACUGCCUGACAGAAUUAUUAUUUACAGGGAUGGUGUUGGCGAUGGUCAGCUAAAACUCCUGCAGCAGUAUGAGAUACCUCAGAUGCAGAUAUGCUUUUCCCUCCUUGGGACAACCUACAAACCGACACUUACUUAUGUCGUGGUACAAAAGCGUAUAAACACCAGAAUUUUCUUGAAAGCUAAUAAAGGCUUUGAAAACCCGAACCCCGGUACUGUUGUCGAUCACGCAAUUACGAGAAGAGAUUGGUAUGAUUUCUUGAUUGUGUCCCAGAAAGUCAAUCAGGGUACAGUCACACCAACACAUUAUGUGGUGGUACACGAUGACAGUGGAAUGACACCCGACCAAUGCCAGCGGCUCACAUACAAAAUGUGCCAUUUGUACUACAAUUGGCCGGGGACUGUACGAGUCCCGGCUCCGUGCCAGUACGCCCAUAAACUUGCAUAUUUGGUGGGCCAGAACAUACACCAACAACCAUCGGAGGCUCUUACUGAUAAACUGUUCUUCUUAUAA